AUGCGCAACUGUUGGUACUUGCCCGCAGAUUUCACGGCCUUGGGCUACGACGGCUCGCACAACCUUUCCAAGGAGCUCAGAAAGGACAUUCUGCCGCUUGCGAUGCAGUACAUGACACCGUCCGUGGUGGCGAUCCUAGGACAGCUCGCUAUCACCGCCUCUGUUAUGUCUUCAAUGGACUCGUCCAUGCUCAGUGCUUCGUCGCUCAUCACGAGAAACGUCUACCACUUCAUACUAAGACCCACGGCUUCCGACACCGAGAUAUCGAUGGUGCUGCGCGGUAUGAUCUGGGUGGUGGGCGUGAUAGCGACGGCCACGGCUAUCAGCGCCCACUCGGUGCUCGGGCUGUGGACAUUCUCCUCGGACAUGGUCUACGUGCUCCUCUUCCCGCAGUUCGUCGCGCUAUUCUACCUGAGGAAGCGGAGCAAUGCCUACGGCGCUGUCUUCGGCUUCGUAGUAGGCGUGCUGUCGCGGGCGUUGUGCGGAGAGCCCAUGAUACUACUGCCGGCGCUCAUUCAUCUGCCCUUGUAUGACGCCGAACGGGGCCAGCAGUUCCCGUUCCGCACCAUGUGUAUGUUGCUGAGCCUCUUCAGCCUGCUACUCGGCUCAGCUAUUGCAAAGAGUCUAUUUCGAGCGGGCAUUUUGCCUGACGUGUGCCGCUCGUUCGUCGAGCCCGAACAACGGCACCAUGGAGAAGGUGCCACUACCGCGGCCGGCACGUCUCCUACUUCGGGUAGCACAGUUGCUGCAAGCCGCGGACGCCACUGCUGCUCAGGCUGCGCGCACAGGCACCACCUCCAGUUCUGUCGUCCUCUCCAACUUCGACGGUCCUGA